AUGCAGGACGACAUUGAUGUCUAUAAUGUCGUUGUUGGCUCUAUCGUAAUUCUAACCAAUACCGCACUAUUAGCUUUUAUCCUUUCUAAGCGGCAAUUAAGGAUUACCUCUAAUAUCUUGCUGGGUAGUAUGCUAAUUUGUGGUAUAUUAACAGGUUCAGUGUGGAUUUUAUUAGCCGUUUAUCGAGAAAUUUAUCGCAUUCCCAUCAUAUGUGCUAUUAUCCCCAUGUUUCAACAAUCAGCAUUUUGUAAUACAUCAUUGCAUUUUUUUAUCAUCAUUAUUGAGCGCUAUUAUGCUAUUGCUCAUCCAUUUAGCUAUCAACAACAUCAUGUUAUUAAAAUUAAAAUUUUAAUUGCUAUCUUAGUCAUUUGGAUUAUAUCAUUAUCCAUUGUCAUUCCAAUGAUCCCGUUGAAAUCGAUCGAUCCAAGCAAUUGCACCUUUCGCAACACCGUUGGCAGCGUAGAUAAAAUCUAUUUAACGGUGGUUAUCAUCGCCUUAUUUUUCUUACCUUUACUAGCUUUACUCUGUGGCUAUUCGAGAAUCUUAUGUAUUCUCCUAUCCAGCCAACAUGAUCAUUUGCAACGCAAUCAAAUACUUCAACGAUUAUUGCAAAAGAAAAAAGCAAUUAUUCAAGCCGUUGCAUUUAUUGGUGUCUUCAUACUAUUAUGCGUACCCUGUGCAGCGGCAUUUAUCGUCUUGAUUAAUAUAACGGAAAAAGAUCGUGAAAAUCCUAUCUUGACAGAGUUUAUUACUAUUAGUAUACGCUUUUUAUUAAUCUAUCCAGCUGCUAAUCCAGUAUUAUUCGCUAUCUUUACUGCUAACAUUAGGAAAGAGUUAUUAAAAUAUCUUUAUGAUCGAUCGAAAUCACCUACACAACAAUCAUUACUUUCCCAUGAUACCCGUAUCAAUCGUACUACUGUAUCCAAUUAUAACUUAUUUUUAAAUAAAAUUGGUUUACAAUCAUCACCAUCCAAAGAUUUAAGCAGCAUUAUAACACCAACAUCAAGCACAGCAAAAACACCGACAUCAUCCUUAAUCAGCCCAAUUACUCUAAAUCCUAUGUUUGAAUUCCACACCCAUGUCUACCAUGAUCAGCAUACAACAGUUUAA